UCGGAUCGACAUGGCGCGCGGGUAAUACCAAGGUGUCCCUCUCUUAUCUUACGCUCUCUUGGUUCAGGUUAUUAUUGAUCUGCAAGAAAACCCGGGAGAGUUGGUGGUUGAUUUCACAAAUUUGAAAAGCUCAUUACAUCAAUACUGUACACAAUCAAAAUUAACAUUUAAACAGAGAGGGGCUGCUCCAUGCACGGACUCAAUUUCCAAAGGUGGAGUUGAAUUGCAAAAUUUUCGUAACUCGGAGUUUCAGGGCGAGCACGCUGCGAGAAUGGAGAUCACUGACAGCGAAGAAGAGUGACUAAUUUUUAUUACGCCAAAUAUCUAUUUUCAAGAACUGUAAUGCCGACGACAAUGAACAAGCGGAACGAGUGAAAUAAAGGACUUGCAAGAACAAUGGAAAAGGUGCCAACUGACAUUCCCCAAUGCCAUCGCCGCUUGACACCUUGAUUACUAUACGAUCUAGGGGGUUCAAAUGGAGGGCGCUUAUUGGUCGAGUGGCAGAGAUCAUUUUCUGAGCUCUGGCUGCAAAAUGAUGGGACUCACAGAUCGCUUUCCCGGCAUGCAGCUGGAGAAUCACGUCACAGCGAACUUCACAGACGUCACCGAAAUGACGUGCUCGAUUAAAUGCUUUUUGAUUGACAUGUGUCAGUCUUAUAACUAUAACGAGACAACACGAUUCUGCCAAGCGAGUAACUCGACUCGUUUUCAGCACAUCAUUGACUUUCACAACAAGUCGGGAGUCACUUACGUUGGAACUAAGAACAAAUGCGUCCCAGGUGCGUGCCCAUCUGACAAAAUUUGCCGCCCUGACUUUACAUCUGACUCUUUUAGAUGUAUCGACGUGAAUGCAAAGGAACCCUGCGCUGAGGCGCCUUGUCAGAAUGAGGGGCUGUGUGCCAAUUUACCGGACUACAGUGACUAUACGUGCACCUGCAAGAAAGAAUUCACAGGAAAGAACUGCGAAAAAGAAAUGACGGCCUGCGACUCCCAACCCUGCGCUAAUGGCGGCGCUUGCAAGGCUACCGCUGAACAGCCAGGAUAUAUAUGCGCCUGUCUGAGCGGAUUUGAAGGAGACGCUUGUCAAAACAAAGUACGAACUGGACAUAACUGCUCAUUGCACUUUCUCAAUAAAAGUAUCUCCAACUACAUCGAAUUGAAAUCACCGAUUUCAAGUCCUCUGCAGCAAUACACCAUUUCCCUGUGGUUCAAGAUCUCUUUGACAGUCGACAAUGGACAAAUUUUUUUGACGUUUUUAUUUAUCUCAAAUGAAAAGGGUCAGGCUUUUGCAUUAAUGUUCGGAAAAUCGACGUUCGGCAAGUUGAUGGGUUUUGGCGGCGGCGAAAUCUUGAACUCAGAGAAAUUACCCUCUACCAUGGAUUUUGAUGGAAAUUGGCAACACCUCACUCUGACAUAUGACAGCAAAGCAAGCGUGUUGUACAGGAAUGGUGCUGUUGAUAUAAAGACAUUGUCCGCUAGUGACCUGCCAAUCAUCAGCGGAGGGAACAUAACUAUUGGCCGAAACCCGCGCGACCAUCGUUCUUCAUUAAUUGACCACAUCGCCGGCCUUAACAUCUACGAUGUGGUGCUAGACCAGAGUGCUAUUGAGCAGCUGUUCAACGGCGGGUGCGCUGCUACAGGAAUAAUCAGUCAGGCACCCCUCGUCUCCUGGUAUAACAUCACAGCCAGGCCUCCACAGGGAGCCAUACAGGUCGACUGCGCAAUUGACUGUGCUUAGUACAUAUUUCUGAGUCAGUACUGUUACGAAGCUAGUUUUAGUUAUUUGUAGUCCUUAGCGGAAACAUAGAGUUAGCCUUGUAGUCUCGUCUGCAAAGAUGUUUUUGUAGGAAAUUUCCCUACGUCAGCUCUAUCAUAUUAAUCAAUAUUUGUGAAAGCCUCAGCUCAGAGGAAUUCCCACGGCACUCCAAAACGUUUCUUCCUCGCUUUCCCAAAUUUAUUUAACUAAAGCACACCCUUAUCAAACAGGAUAUAAUUAGCCGAGUGCAACCGUGAGAACCAUCCCGACCCGAGGGCCUGCAUGCUCUAUGUCGCCGAUCAUGACUCCUCAAAUAUGACUUCUCAAUCAUCACUCAUAUAAAGAAGUGUCAUCAGUGAUCGCAGAUCCCAUGUGAGGCUCAUGGUUUUAGUACUUUAAGUACGGCUAGCGUUAGGUUCAGGAUGAUCAUAGUCUAGUUCCUUCAUAAGAUUAUGACGUAAUAACCCAUAUCUCGGAACACAGAUCUAUGUAUCACAAUGCUGGAAAGUUGCAAUAUCUUUGCAAUAUUAUGAGUAUUAGCACUAGCUAAAUUUUGUUGACAAUAUAUGUAAUAUUAAAGUAGUUUCGGAACACAUA